CCCAUAGAACACCAGGAACAACGGCCAUAUCUAACCUUCAUUGAAAGGUCAGAACUCUCCAGUUGCAGUUGCUCCGCAGUCGCGCUCCCCACAAGUUUGCGAAUUAGUCCCUCAAACUUUUGAUUUCAGUUCACAGAUUUUGCAAAUAUGUCGAAUUCGGCUACUCAGAAAGCUUUCCUUGAUCAAAUUUGGCAUUCCGCUCGUAAUUCCAUUGGAAAAGAAUUGCUUUCCACCCAUAAUCUUGUCCCGGUUCCCAGUCUUUCCAGCGCCGAAGAUUUCGGUCUUUUCUCGAUUUUCGUCAAGAGUAAAUCGGAAAAUGUGGGCCAGAAGAUAAGAGAUUCUUUGGCGCGUUCGAGCUACCAUGUGGUCGGCCAUGUUUCGCAAGUCAUUGAGCUCGAAAAAACCGAUCUUGACCGUUUGCUCAACAGUACGAAUCCGCUCACCGAAGACGUUGGAAAUUACUCGGAAAAGUGGGAAAAGGACAUGGAAUUGGGCUCGAAAGCGGUGCACUUGACUGUCGAAGGGUCUCACAAAUUUCUCAUCUCGUUGAAUUUGAGUGAAGGAGAUCUCUGCCUGAAGCAAAAUAUCCCCGAUCUGGCCGGUGCUAAAAGCGUGUACAUCAUUACCGAUGUAAUGAAAGCUAACCGAAUCACGGCUUGCGUGACGAGUGAUGACGACACCGUGGAAGUUAUCUCCACCAUUUCUGUUCCCAUUGGAUUUGGCUACUCAAAAUUCCGUUUAACUCCCGAGGGACUCGUCGCCGAACAGAUCAAAUGCAAGCCUUCGAUCCACGGCAAAUGGGAAGUUGUGAUCGGUCAAAUUUCCGAGUUCCUCAACAACCUGUAGAACACUCUCCCGGCCAUUUUUUUCUUCUGAAGAAUUGCUCACGUUCACGACAACGACGACGACGCUAUACCACAGCAAGUGACUUUUUCAAACCCAAUCAAAAUUUCUCGUUUCUUUAAUAGUUUUAGACUUGUUCACAGAAAACGUUUCGCUCCUAACGUUGUUGCUCAAAAUUUGUUUUAAAUGCAUUGCCCCCUUUUUUCUUUCGAUUCGUUCGACCGUUUAAAGUAUGUCCGUCACGUUGCACCGCCGUCCCAUUCUUAAAUACAUAUAAGACAUUAGUCGCA